AUGAAGACAAAAUCAUCCUCAUGGAUACCUCUUGACGUGAUGAUAGAAAUACUGUCAAGACUACCAGCGAAAUCAGUGGUAAGGUUUCGUUGUGUGUCGAAACUCUGGUCAGCCGUCACCACCACUCCAGACUUCAUCAAGUCUUUCCAUACUCACUCGUCGGCUCGACCGUCUCUUCUCUUGGUCAUGAAAGAAGAGGAUAAGCGGGUCUUCUUCUCGCUCCCGCAUCACCAGGAUCCCGCAAGACGGUAUACUCGCGUCGAUAAAUAUCAGAUGAUGCUUCCGACAAAAGGUCCCAAGUUGGUGGGCACCGGUAAAGUCUUCAGCUCCAUCCGCGGUUUGAUCUGUUUUGAAGAUGUUAACCUGCAAGUAGUCAUUUGGAAUCCUACCUUGAGACAACAUGUGGUUUUACCCGACCCAAAACUCUCGAGGCCUUUAAUAUCUCUUCUUGGAUACGAUCCCAUCGACGACAAAUAUAAAGUGUUGUGUAUGUCAGGUAGGAGAGAAAAUCCUAGGGUUCUUACAUUGGGGACUCAAGAAUCAUGGAGAAUGACGGAACCCUUCUCUCCUGGUCUGCAUUGGUAUGGGGGCAAGAACAGACGUGUGAUCGGAGGGAUAUGCCUCAACGGGAUUAUUUACUUUUUUAAACAAGAUUAUCAUAUUGUAGAGAGUUUUGAUGUGAGGUCUGAGAAGUUCAAGGAAAUACGGAUACGAGACGAUGUGUUUCAUCCCUACAAGGUAGGCGAGCAAUAUAUCAUAACAAGCUACCAUGGAAGAUUAGCUUGGCUCUGUUGUACGGGAGGAAUUUGGGUUCUUACAGAUCCAGAAAAACAGGAAUGGUCCAAAGGCUUGUAUUCACUUCCAGAGUUUUAUAGGCUUCCUCGAAUCGACGACGAUCCUUACAACUGCAUAUAUCUACCACCACUUUGUGGUGUGACUGAUUCUGAGGAGAUUACUUUUAUGGAAAUACCAAGAGGAAGACCGAUUAAUGCUUUCUAUCAUGAUUUUAAGAAAAAAACUACAAGAUGGGUCUCUUACGAAGGAUUUGCUGACUGUGAUUGUCGUUUUGACAGUUUUCCCAAUCACAUUGAGAACCUCAUGUCUCUUAAAAAUAUUUGUUUACCUUGA